CCAGGCCGCGGGUGCCCCGGCGGCGACGGGAGCGCCGCGCAGGAGUGCCGGGAGGCCCUGGCCGAGCUGGAGCGCGAGAGAGCCGCGCUGCACGAGCUGCACUCGUCGGAGGGGCUGCAGUCGAGGCCAUCGGGCCAGCUGGCCCUGGAAGAGGAGCGCCUGGCGGCGCUGGAGCGCCGCGAGGCCGAGCUCGAGGCCGAGUCUCUGCGGCUGCGCGGUGAGCGCUCUCGGCUGAUGCAGCUCAGCAACGACCUGAGGGCCCGGGUGGUGGCAGCCGUCGGUCUGGAGCCCGCAGGGGCGGCGGAGCCGCUGGGUCACGACGACAGGAUGGUGGUUCAGGAGCUGCAGAGGGCGCUGGCGCGCCUGCAGGAGCAGAACCGCGCGCUGCGCGCCGAGCGCGCGCGGGUGGGCGAUGCAGCGCCUCGGCACGGGCCGCUGCUUGCGUGAGCUGGCGACGGGGAUCCAGACGACCGAGAAGCAUGAGCCGUCCUCUCCGUGGAAGCGGCGGAAAGCGCCUGGGCCGAGGAGGAGCAGAGUGCGGACGAGCGGCCUCGGGUACGUGCGCCAUGUCGGGCAACUUGUGAGCAGCGUGGAUCGCGCCCAGGCUCGACAGCCGUGUGCGCGAGGUGGGACGAGCUCGUCGGACACGCCGAGCGGGCGAGCGAGCCGAGAAGCGGCAGCUGAAUCUCGAAGAAA